AUGUCUGAUCCGCAACCCAUCCCGAGCUCUCGCUCGGAGCCUGCCCUCGGUGGCGUCUCUGAGUCCUCGCAGAUACCUUCUGCCGGUGACUCAACGCAUGCAUCGUCCGCGCUCGGUGGUGAUGAUUACACAUCCCCAUCUCCAGAUUCAUCCGAACUCUCGCGCUGGGGCUCUUUCUCCGCCAGUAGCAAGUCUGACGAUGACGACGACGAGAGCUUCGUUCCCCCCGACCGCCUCACCAUCUUCGACAUGAUCGAAAACCUUGCGCUCCCUCAGCGCCUCGAGCAGUUCCAGCGUUCGAUCUCCGAACAAAAGACAAAGCUUCAGCGCCAGCAGCAGCGUUUGAAGUCUCAAGGCAUGAGUGCAAAGGACAAGGUCAUCGAUGAAUGGCGGCGACGCGCCCCUACCGCAGAUGAACAGUUGGAAAAGUACAAGAAGCGCAUGACCCAGUCCGUUGACCGUCUGGGCGACAAGUGGAACGAUUCCAAGGCCGUGACGGCACGCGAGAAGCUUUCUUUUAUUGCUGGUGUGCUCAACAUCUUCAUCAGCGGCUACCUCAUCGGCGCGCAUCCGGAAUGGUUCCAUACCUGGUACUCUGCACAACUGCUCUACUUCAUGCCUAUUCGGUACUACACCUACCACAAGAAGGGAUAUCACUACUUCUUGGCCGAUCUCUGCUACUUUACGAACUUUCUCUUAUUCCUCAGCAUCUGGAUCUUCCCCAACAGCAAACGCAUGUUCAUCAGUUCUUACUGCUUGGCCUUUGGCAAUAACGCCGUGGCCAUUGCCAUGUGGAGGAACUCGCUAGUAUUCCACUCUCUGGACAAGGUCACCUCUCUCUUCAUUCACAUCAUGCCAUGCGCGGCCCUCCAUUGCAUGGUUCAUCUUCUUCCGGCCUCUGUCCAGCUCGAGAAGUUCCCGGCAGUUCACACCAUAAUACAUUCUGCUCCCGACUCUCCGGAACACUACACUCUCCGCCAGAUGGUCAUCUGGGCUACCGUACCAUACGCAAUUUGGCAGCUGGCAUACCACUUCUUGAUCACUGUCAGGCGCCGCGAGAAGAUCGCUGCAGGGCGUCCGACGUCUUUCACCUGGCUGCGCAAGUCGUAUGGGCCGACUUUGAUUGGAAAGGCGGUGCUGAGCCUCCCGAAUGCUUGGCAAGAGCCUGCCUUCAUGCUCAUCCAAUAUUCGUACGCCGUCCUUACGAUGGUGCCAUGUCCAAUCUGGUUCUGGUACCGUUGGGCGUCGUCGGGAUUCCUCAUGACGGUGUUCAUUUGGUCGAUUUACAACGGCGCCAACUAUUAUAUUGAAGUGUUUGGCAAGCGCUUCCAGAAGGAACUUGACCAACUCAAACGGGACGUGUCGAAGUGGCAAAGCUCACCGGACGUCAGUGGUGGGCUGAAAACACCCGGUGAAGAUAAGGAGGAAUCGGCGCCCAAAGUUGAGGGGGUCGGCGACGAACAGAAUAGCCCGCAAAAGUUGAGCGUGGGCGCAGCCGCAGGGAUGAACGUCCCAAAGGCAGGACAAAGUGGUAGCAUCGAGUCGAUCCCACUUCUGGACGAUGCUAAGGGAUCCAGUGGAGCACAACGGCCUGAGGGCAAUGGAGAACUAAGGGAGCGGAAGUAA